AUGGAUGGGGUAUUUAUGCUAAGAAUGUUAACUAUCCAUUCUGGUAUUUUGGUAUGUACUGAAGUUGUUGAUUCCAUGUGGGAGGAGUUUAACAGGAGUAGUAGCCGUUUACAACGAGCCCAUUUACUUGCCUCUAGUCCACAAAAUUCUUCAGUGUCGCUUAUCAGGCCGUCAGAUGAACUCCAACCACUACAAACAUCUAAACACGUUUCUAAUGCAAUUCAACAAAAUUUUAAGCGAAAAACUAGUGUUCUAGUACCUCUAGUUAGUGCACAACCAAACGGUGUACAUCAUGUGGGUCAUGAAAAAUUCACAAAAAAUAUUUUUUCGAAAUUUCAGAGCGGCUUCUUCUUCCAAUCCGUUAUGACGCAUUCUCCAAGCUUCUCACAACAACACCAAACGCAUACAAGCAGUAGUACAGCAGCAGCACAAUAUUCAACGGGUGCGGGAAUUUCUGCAGCGACUAACAAUGCUACAAAUAUAAUCAUGCCUCCUCCCCCAAGGCAAAUAUACUUAUUUGAAUAUACUUUCCGGAACUGA